AUUAUAAAAGCUCUGCGCUAAGUUCACGUUCAAUGCAGAACACGUGGGUGUUGCUAUCUGUGUGCUGGGAAUCACAGGCAGCCGUCCUGCUCCAGGUAAGGCUGAGUGCAGGUCCCAUGUGACAGGUCCUAUGGUACACAGGGUGGAAGUCACUAUACCCCCAGAUCUAGAAUAAAUAUUAUAUAUAAUAUCCAGUGGGUACAACUUGCAGAAAUAUAUAUAUAUAUAUAUAUAGGCAUAUCUUGUAAUUUUAUUAAUUAUAAUAGUAUAUUUCUUGUAAUAUUAAUAAUAUAUACAUUAUUUUUGUAAUAUUAAUUUUAGGGAGUCCCACCCAGCUCAGGUCAGUGCUUACACCUAAUGUGUAUAUGUGUGAGGUUCCUGUUCUGUACACUUGGUUAAGCAGCACUCACUAUGAUUUUUGAGUUGUUUUAAGGGAACACGUGGUGUGUUUUGCUGCUCUGGGAUCACACCAGGAUGCAGCCAGUUAGGUUUAUAGUUUAUUGUAUCUCAAUAAUCACUGCCUACUUUGUAUGUGGGAGUUACAUAGAAUUCUCCAAAAAGCAUUUCCUGAAUUUAUACUGCUGCAGAGUUCUGUGAGAGGCAGGCUACUUGUGAAGUUAAGUAGGUCCCUUUUUUAUUUUUUGUGCUUUUAGAGCGGUUUAUAAAAUAUGCAAUUUACAUAACUCACCUAAUGCAUGUAUCCUUUUAAUGCAGACCUGCCUUGGUUAUUUUUUCAUAUCUCUUCUGUUAAAUGGGAGAAAUCACUAUUUAUUUCUGUUCUAGGUAUUCUAACAAGGGCAACCUCCUUCAUCUAAGGUAAUUCUAUUUUAUAUUUGUGAUGAUGCUCCUGUUUGCAGUUUUUAAGUGGCUGUUUUAAUGUAUUAUGAGCCAUAAAUCCUUUCUGGCUCAUUCUUGUAUUUUAGGACUAAAUUUUUUUUUAAUUUUUUUUUUUUUUUUGUGUAAAAAUGAAUAAAACGUGGUUAUGUUGAAAUUGGCACAUCACAAUUUUCUGGCAGCCUGUAUGUGUGAAGUCUAACUAUAAAAGUCCUUUUUUACAGACUAUCUGUAUUAAAUAUGGGCGUUGGUAAUUUUUAUUUAUUUUUGAGCCUUUGUAUGCAUUGCAGCUAUUUCUCUAGAAGUUUAGUUAAUGGUGUCUAGCAGGGGCAUUUGGCUAUUGGUACUAGUUAUAAUGCAAUAUAUUUACUACUGUAUCUGGACUUUAGGCUGUCUGAAGAAUUCUGUUUGAGCGUGAUGUACACCUCACUACUGUAGACUAAUAUAUAGUAUUGAGUGUCUGUUUUAAUGUAUAAUGCACACACUAAAGAAGGGGGAAUACUUCCUGCAGGGUGCUCCAGAAAGAGAGGGUUAAUACCUGAAAACAUCAAAUGGAAGAAAAUACCCAGGCACACAUGAGGUUUCUCCUAAUAGCCAGACUUCAGUUAUUUAUUUUUAUAAAAUUAAAGUGUGUGUGUGUGUGGACCAUAUUUAACCCCUUAAGGACACAUGACAUGUGUGAAGUUUGGUCCUUAAGGUUAAAAGAGAAACUACCACAAGAGGACAUAGUCUUAAAUUAGAGGGGCAAAGGUUUAAAAAUACUUUUUUGUUUGCAAACUAUAUCUCAAAUCUAAUGUGCAGUUUUUAGCAGUAGACAAAUCCUAAACAGGAACCAAGGAAUUCACCAAAGCUACUUCAAAACUUUUGGACAAAUGAACUUGCUAAUGACCAAUUUGCCAUCUUGUAGCUACAGCAUAUGUUGCCUCUGUACAGUAGGUAAAUGGCCCAAAAUAAAAACGCAAGCAACUUGGGCACUCGUGGACAUUCUACAAGUACCAAAAAGUGUAAUUGAAAGGAGUUUAAAUUAAACGGCUGCAACAAACUGUAAGAAGAUGCCUAUAUCUGGUACACGAUUACCAAAACUUAGUAGUGUGAAUGUGUAUUUAACCAACGAACGCUGAAUGACUUAAAAAAAUCAAUCUUUUUUUUUUUUUAAUAUCUGGUGACGUAAAAGAAAUACAAAAUAUAUAUUACGUGGUGCAUUCCAAAUGAAAGGGACAGUGUUUUUUUUAAAAUUUUAGCAUUUUCAUGUAUCCGAUACAGAGACUUUAAAGGACCACUAUAGGCACCCAGACAACUUCCACUCAUUGAAGUGGUCUGGGUGCCAGGUCUCCCUAGUAUUACUACAGCAGUCUGGUGGAGAUGCAUGGGAACAGUACUUUCCAUGUAUUGGGAUGGAUCAGUACUCUGAAAGGAAGGUACCACUCCCUAUGUAGCUCAGCUGGAGGUCUGUGUGAGUACAUUUGGGCAAUGUUUAAAGUCUCAACUGAAGGAGAUGAAGCCUGGGUUUGUCCUUGAUACGGUGAAUCCUAUUAUGACAUUCAGAUGAAAAACCGUUCAAGCAAGGUUAUUCGCUAAUCACCAUAUCGUCUGAAAGGACACAAUCCGGUAAAAUUAACUAAAUUCUGACCGCAUUGGCAUAUUUACAAAAGCCAAAUGCAGCCAAGAUUUGGUUUGUCCUACUGAAUACAUUAAAGUGUGUGUGGUUGGUUUUUUUUUUUUUUCAUUCCUAAUAAAAUUGCAGCACUGGAAUUGUAAAUUUAUCAGCUGGUUUGAAAAUUUGUUUUUAUUUUUUCUUGGGAGGAGGUGACUUACUAUGCUACUGAAAAUAGCCUCUGCCUCCAGAUGGCAGUCAGGGGGGCACGUGGAGGUUUACAACUUCCAUAGGAUUUUUAUAUCUUUUUCUAAUUUUUUUUUUUUAAUUUUGCACCUGGCUAGCAAGCACUGGUCAGCUGCCACAUAACGGUCAUACUGGAAAAUAUAUUCUUGUAAUUUUUUUUUUUUCUUUCUGGUUUUGUCUGUUAGUGCUGCCAGCGAGCAAAUUGUAUGUGACUUGACUCAUUUGGUCCUGAUUUUAACAGUCUAGCAGAGUUUGGUGUGGCUGAAAGGCAGACUCAACUCGGGUUAAUUGGAGAGCUUGGCUAUCAAAAUCGGGCAAACUGAAGAAUUCAAUGUCAUUGUCUGUUAAAACAAGCUGUUCUAACUUUUCAGUAUCACGUAACCCAUGUAACAUUCUACUUUUUUAAUUUAUUUUUUUAUUUUUUUUGUGCUUCACGAACAUCGAUCUUGGUGUAAUUUGCCGUCCGCUGCCUGAUUAGUCACUAAUUUAUUACAGCAAUGGGUGAGAAUGUCCUGGUAAUUGGCAGUGGUGCCCGGGAGCAUGCUCUAGCAUGGAAGUUGGCACAGUCCACUCGCGUGAAACAAGUGCUUGUUGCCCCAGGAAACGCAGGCACAGCUAACAGUGGAAAGAUCUCAAAUACAGGUUAGUGGUAACCAGUAUAUAGGUAUGUUUAGCCUGUGUAUAGGCAUUUUUAAGAUCACUCCAUGUUGAAACUUUCCCCCACCCAAUUAUAGAUGUACAGGAAAAGAAAACUGUAAACAAAGAACUGUCCCCUACCCAUGGUCUUUUAAUGGCAGAAAUGAAUUCUUUGUUUAAAUGAAGUUUGUGAAAAACAUUAGAAAAAGUGCCUCUACCUCUAGUAGGACCGGAUCUUUCAGCCAUAUACAUACACCUUGAAUCAGACCAUAGAGGUUUUCACGGUCUGAUCCAAGGUGCAAGUAUAUGGAUGAAGGAACCUGUCUUACUAAAGGUGUGAUGGACCGCCGUCACGAAGUACCAUGCCCACUGCUUACCUAUGUGUGGGUUUUUUUUUUUUUUUCUCCAUAUAUUUGUUAUAGUUCUUGUAUUUUGCCUGCUCCACGUUCGGGAGUUCAUACGAAUGGAAUCAGUUUGUCUUCUGAGCGGGCACCACCCCGAGUUCCCAUUUAGAACAUUCUAAAACCGCAAGGGAAAUCCAUUAACGAAUGCUCCCCUGGUUGGCUGCCGGUUCGUAUAUCCGAAUGCCAACCAGGGGAGGCGUUUGUAUCCCGAACUGACCUACCCGCAAAGUCUCAGGUCCCCUUGUAGGGGAUUGCCCCACCUGCUCAUAACGAAGCCAGUGUCACUACCCAGAAGCUGCAUGGCCAGGCUCGUAGCUGCCUAAGGGCGCUCUCUCUGGGGCUGCUUAAGUGGAGGUAGCCCCGGAGAGAGAAUCCCUGGAGAUGUGAGUCUGCUUCACGGACACAGGGGUCUCGCUGGCCACCUGGAAGUCUGUGCCAACCAAUAGUAAGAGCGCCCAUUCAAAAUGGGUUAGCGCCAUUCUCCUGAUUGCGGCAAAGCGCAGGCGACUAGAGGGAACGCCCUUUCAAACAGGCAUUUGCGCACUUUCUCCUGAUUGGGCAGCGAAACCCCUUUAUUCCUCCCUGAGCGCUGUUUGGCUCAAAUUGGUUUCAGCUGAUGAUUGGUUGGUGCUUGGUUUAGGCACGAAGUUUGAAUUUGCUGGACUAAACCAAGCAACCCCCUGGAACUACUUUUUGGGAUGUACAGAGCCUUGAGCCCAGACUUUGUUCGAGGGUUCUUGGGCUCUGUACAUCCUGCAGGGAUCCUAGUUGGGGACCCGGGGCUAUCCAGUGAUCUGUUUUAUGUGUGAAUCCUACCUAGGGUUCGCAGCUCUUAAGUCCCACCCGUGUGUGAAAUGUUUUAAUGUGGUGAACUUUGUGCUGUUUAUCUCCCAGGGUGGGAGAUGGCUAUCUGUAACCCAGCCUUCUCCUGCCUGGCACUAAGGGAAGUGUAUUGAACUGAAUGGAGACCUCCUGCGUUGGGCUGUGUUUCAAUAGAUUGUCAGUUGUACCUCCAGAAGUGGGUGGGGGUGAGAAAGGGUUAAUCCCUGGGCCAGCUGGUGGAAGAUGCAGUGGGAAAAGUCCUUGUAAGGACUGAAAGCUAGUUCCCCUAUUCCAGCUAGAAAGCAGUUCCUUUGUCGGAGGUACCCAGCUGGGGUACAGGGAAACUCCUUCACAAAAGGUAUACUUUAACACUCUUACUUUAAAUGAUUAAACUGUUAAUUCUUGGGUUAAACUGUUUGUAGUGUAGAUGGUACAAGUCUCUGCUGCCAUGCGGAGCCCUCGGACUGGUUGCUAGUGAUUUACUUUAGGUUUACCCUCUCACUAGUUUGCAAAAGAUACUUUUAGGGUAUGGUUGGUCCAUCGGUUACCCAAGCACCUAUGGUCCAUGCCUUUUUUACUUGACAAAAUUUUGUUGUGGAGUUCCCCACUCCAGCUGCAGUUCAGAUCCUCGGGAAGAAACUGGAGUGUUAAAACCUGGCUAGGGAAACUCCAUAGUGAGCAGGACAAAUGGUUGUAACCGUAGGAUUCCUUCCUACUCUAUGUUCAAUGUAAUGAAGGCCCCUUAAUAUUGUAUGUUGUAAAUCACAUGUUAACACAUUAAAAAUUCACGUGUCACAGUUCAGCAAAGCUUGAAGCCUCUUGUUUGAAUGAGACCCACGCCCGGUUUACAUGUAUAGCAGGACUUUUCAUGUGUUAAAACAAAAAAAAAUACUUUAUUUGUCCCUCCUAGAAAAGACAGACCUUGAUUCAUUGCUCAAUUAUUGACUUCAAAUUACUCCGUGUAUGUAUGUAUUAAUCAAAUGCUUUAUUUAUAGUUAUUUUAAUCGUUACACUGACUUCUGGUGUGUGGAGGUUAUUUUUUUUUUUUUAUUCCGUCCUCUCUACUCUUUAGCGGCUCCCACCAGCGAUCACGCACAGCUCACUGAAUUCUGCAAGACCAAUGGCAUUAACAUUGUUGUGGUUGGUCCUGAGGCUCCCCUUGCUGCAGGUAUAUUGUAUGUAUACAAUCACUUUCUGAAUAACCCCAGGAUCUGCAUCUGAACUGGUCCAUAUUUACCCAUUAAUGUAACUUUGACAGCGGUACAUGGCUCUAUGUGACUGUUAUGGUUACGUAGGCACAAUAGACACCGGUAUGGGGUUUCAUGAAAGAGUCUAUAGGAAAGCUCUAUUAACUUGUGGAAUAUGAAUAUGCUCUACUGGAACCUUAAAUCAAAAAGGUACAACUAGGGGCCAAAUAACUGCCGAAUAGGCUCCAAGUAGGGGUAACCCACAGCAAUUCAGUUAGAUUACAGAAAAGGCAAAUAGGCUCAAAAAGGCAUGAGUCCAAAAAUGGAGAUCCCUCCAAUAGAGAAUAUAAUGGUAGAACAACUUUAUUAGAACAUGCAAUAAUUAGAGUAAGAGACAAAACAUAUGCACAUUAAAAAGCAAUGAGGUUGUGGUGCAUGAUGGGGGUUAAGCAAUGUGCCUUUAGAUUUAAAGGGACACUCCAGGCACCAGACCACUUCUGCCCGUUGGAGUGAUCUGCGUGCAAACUCCCAUCACACUUAAACCUGCAAGGUAAUUAUUGUAGUUUAUAAAAACUGCAAGAAUUACCUUGCAGGGUUACAACCUCCUCUAGUGGUUGUCUGAUAGACAACUAAUAGAGGGACUUCCGGUUUCUUAAAACACAAAGUGUUUUUAAAUGACACUGGACGUCCUCACACUAUGCAUGAGGACCUCCAGCGUUACCGGAAUCCCCAUAGGAAAGCAUUGAAUAGUCGGUUGCUGAUGGGGAUAACUCACUGGUAAACCUUAAGGGAGGUUGGAGGGUCAUUAAUAAUCACCAUUGGGACCUGGCUUCUAAUAUUUCUGUGGUUAUACAUUGUACACAGGUGGGUUGUUGCCAGAUACUGCUCUUCUGGUUAUCUAUAUAACCAGGAGAUCUAUUAUAAAUUUGUGUGUGUCUCCUUACAAGUUCUUGUAUGUACUAGUAUAUGUAAAAUCUUUGGUUUCUAAAAUAGCAAAUGGUUUUCAGGAGUGGCUCUGGUCCUAGAGUCUCCAGCCAUUUGUGUGGGUUUGUGUUUUUUUUUGUUUUUUUUUAAUUCUGCCCAGUGCCAUUCUUAUUCCAGGUAUUGUUGAUGAUCUGACGGCAGCUGGGGUGAGAUGCUUUGGACCCACUGCCAAGGCUGCCCAACUUGAAUCCAGUAAGAGUUUUUCCAAAGACUUUAUGGACCGACAUGGUAUCCCUACAGCUCGGUGGAAAUCCUUCACUAGUGCGCCAGAGGCCUGCAGCUUUAUCACAAAGUAAUGCACCACAUCAUAUUCUAUCAAUGCAUGGGUCUACUUCCUUGGCUGUAUUGCUCAUGUAUCAUACUGGGAAUUGUAGUUCACUACCAUGGCUUUAAACACAUGUAACCUUCCUGUUGUAUUUUCUUUUAACAUCAAUUUUCCCACUUAAAUUUUAGAACAGGCUUAGAGUUUUCACUCUGACUAGCUGGAAUGGUGAAUUUUUCCAAACUUUUUUUUUUUUUUUUUUUUUGCUCCUACAUUCUGGACUCUUGCCGAAUAUACCGUUUAUGGAAUAACUGUCAAACACCACUUAUAAACUUCCCCAAAAAGCUUACUGGCAACAUUCUAAAUGUUGAGUAAUUCAUUAAAAUUCCGUAGGUUUCAUGGGGACUGCCCCGUGUCCAGCACUUUACACGUUACCUCUCGUGAAUUAGGUUUUUUUUUUUUGUUUUGUUUUUAUAUAUAUAUAUUUUGCUUUAAUGACUCCUACUAUUGUAGAAACAAUGGUUGUGCUCACUGUCUGAAUUUUCUCCAUCUGUGCUGUAUUGUAGUGCGGAUUUUCCAGCGUUGGUUGUAAAGGCGAGUGGCCUGGCGGCUGGUAAAGGAGUGAUUGUAGCCUCUACAAAGGAGGAAGCUUGCAAAGCUGUUAAUGAAAUCUUGACGGUGAGCUGUGGAGGGGAAAGACUGGAUGAUUGUGGCGGCAGUACUCUUUUUGCAUAACAGUUAUUGAAGAGUCAAUAUGUAAUUUACAUCUUGUGAUCAAUUCUCUGACUCGUCUUCACAAUUAGAAACGACUGGAGUGGCCAUGUUUAGUGAGUUAUCUUAUAAUGUAAUAUUGCUGUACUAUGAAGGCAGUUUGUAGUAUCUGUUUUGAGAUCAUCUCUUCUUCCUAAUAGGAUAAAGUGUUUGGAGAAGCUGGAGAUACAGUUGUGGUGGAGGAGCUGCUGGAGGGGGAGGAAGUUUCUGUGAGUGUCUGGUCUCUGCUUAACUUUAUAAGUCACCGUUCCCCCCACCCCCAUUUAUAAUACAUUCUCCUGCUUUUUAAAUAAAAUCCCUAUUUAUUGAUUUUGUUGCAGUGCUUGUGUUUCACUGAUGGGAUCCAUGUUGCCCCGAUGCCGCCGGCACAAGACCAUAAAAGGCUAAUGGAUGGUGACAAAGGACCCAAUACAGGAGGGAUGGGAGCGUACUGUCCGGCGCCCCAGGUCUGUAACUGAACAUUCCGUUGUGACAUUGUAGGAAGUUCUAGAGGGGUGUGUGGGGCUUACUGCUGUGUCUUUCCACUUACUGUGUUCUACUCUGGGACGAAUGUGAGUGACUGUAACUGUGGAAAGUCAUGCAAGCUGUGUGCCCUCCUAGUUUAGAAUGCAAUGUUGUAAUUGUACAAUGCAGGUCUAUAUGCAUAUCGGUUUAACCUGGAUAAUGCCAAAUACCUUAAAGGGAACCUACUUUACUAACAUUCCCCACUUCUCCCUCCCCCCCCCACAAUAUUAACAUAACGUGUGACAUUUAAAGACCGCUCAUCGGCUGCUAGUUGUCACAUUGUCCACAAACCAUUUUGGAAGAUGUGUGAAGCAGUGUUUUUCUGAGAUCUUUUCAUGCUCUUAGGUGUAAUGCAUUGUGGCCAGUACUUAUCAUUCUAAUCGUUGAAUCUGAUCUGGUUAACUAGUACAAUACAUGAUCCCAAUCAAAAAGUGAAAGCAAUAAUAAUCACACAUGACUGACAAUGAAAAUGUCUCUCUCUCCUCCUCCCUCAAUUCUAAUACUGACCUGUAUUCACAGACUGUGCUGAUGGCAAACUGAGCAUUAAUGUACAGGGCUACUGAAUUUGCUGGUGCUAUAUAAUAAUGUAAAAGGCAAUUGCAGCCCCUCAUUCUGGCUGCUGAACAUGACUUGUUCCAUUAACAAAGCUUUGCAGGAUCUGGUAGACUGCAGGCACAGCUAAAACUUCCUGUGUCCCCGCCACAUUAAGUGCACUUAUUGAAGUGGGUGGGAACAUGUUCUUUCAGUUAUAGUAAUGUGGGCAGAGAUAAAGCAGUUUAAAGGGAUACUUCAAGCACCAAAACCACUUUAGCUUAAAAGACCACUCCAAACACCUAAAGGACUCUAGCUUGACUUGAAGAUUUUUGUCUCAAGUUUUGGUGCUUCCUUUCCAUUGAGGUUAAACUGUUUAUGAACAGCUGACCGAAGUCAAUCAGUAGCUCCCUGUUCCCAAAAGUUGUGUAAGCCAAUCAGCUGUAGUCCUGCCUGACAGCAGUUUGUGGCUUCAUUAAGCUGACUUCCAUUUGGACUGUAAUGGAGGUGGAGAGACCAUUUGUGAGUGGUUUAACGCUUAAUGAUAAGGAAGCACCAGGAACCUCCUGGCACCAUGACUUGAUUUUCAUUGACGUUGUGGUGGUUCCCAAACUGUUCCGCUAAGGGGUAUUGCGAGCUGUGUACAGAGAGGCUAUAUUGACUCUACUUGAUAUGAAGCUACCUGACCUCUCUCUCCUAGUAACAACUGUCGUUUAAAAAGUGUAAGUGAAAUAAAAACCCCACACCAAUUUUUUUUUUUUUUUUCUUCCCAGGUUUCUAAAGAUUUAUUGGCGAAUAUCCUGGAGAAUGUUUUGUAUAAAACGGUUAACGGAAUAAGAGCAGACGGUUUCAAAUACACUGGUGAGUCUAGCUCUGACUGUAAGCAGUUUAUAGACUCGUUUUUGCAUUCCCGAGAAGCAACGUUUUGCGAUAUCCCAGCCAUAUAUUGAUGGUCUGAUAACGCUGACUCUCUACAUAUUCACCCCACAGGUGUGCUGUACGCGGGGCUUAUGCUCACAAAGGAUGGACCAAAAGUGCUUGAAUUCAACUGUAGAUUCGGGGACCCAGAGUGUCAGGUAUAACCUCUCAAUCCUUUUAUUGUCCCCUUCACCCUGGCUCAAUACAGCCUAGUUAGUGACCAUCGACCUAGCUCUGUUAAACCAUUUUAAUGGUUUGUUUUAGUUUUGAGGCUCUAUAUUGUGAUUACACCAUGCUCUGACUUUAUUCUUUAAUGUGUCUAUGCAGGUCCGAUUCUUUAAAGGGUCAUAUGUCUUGUUUUCACCUAUCGAUCUCUGUUCCUCUUCAAAUUCUUCUGGCACAAAUCUCUGCAUCUAGUUUCCUAUUGCUCUUUCUAAGCCGGAUAUCUGCUAUGUUAAUCUGUGUCAAGUGACUGUCCUGUGUCUGUUCCUUUUCCUCGUCUUUAAUAAAAUGAGCCUUUGUGCGUCCCUACAUCAUGUUAACCUUGUUAAACAUGGAAAUUAGGAUUGCCUAAUUGAUGAUGCAUGCACCUCUUGUGAAGCAUUUCCUAAUCUGAUUUAAGGAAAGGAGGAGGGGAAAAGGUUCAUAGAGAACCUUGUGAAAUUACUGGGAACCUCAAAGUGCAAUCAAAUGUCAAGGGAAUGGUCUUUAGCAGGUUAUUCACUAAAAUUAGAAAUUAAGGUAAAUUUCACAUCUAACUUCAAAAGCGCUGAGCUGGAAAAGUUCUCUCUGUAAAGCUAUGCUUUCCAUUCAGCUUCUCUGGCCUUAAUGUUUGAAAUGCACCCUGAAUUCUAACUUUAGCUAAGCUGCCUUGGGAAUGGUCCCGAUACAACUCAAAAGCAUGUGAGUGCUGUCACACGCCAGGGCAUCAUACUUUUGUGUGUUUUUUUUUUUUUUUUUUUCUCCUCGGUUUACAAAUUGUAAAACUUCUACACAUUGCUUAAUCAUGUGGUUUUAUUACUUUAUGACUUAUCACUGUAAACUUGAGGCCUGCAUGUUUUCUCUUCGUAUUCCAUUCUAUCUUUGGAAAAAAGUGAAAAAUCAAUAAAAUAGAAUUCUCACUUGAGAGAAUUACCCUGUUGGAGUUGCUAUGCAUAGUGCAUAAUAUUACUAAUCUGUUUAUUGCACAAACGUUUCCAAUUAAUACACAAGUCCAUUGAAAUUGCCUGAUGGCUAAUAAAAUAGUCUAGUAAUAGCUGUUUUUCAAGGGGUGGGCUGUAUUGGGCAGCAAGUGAACAGUCCUUGAAUGUCAUGUAUUGUAAGCCAGAAAAAUGGGCAAGCAAAACUAUCUAGAUGACUUUGACAAGGGCCAAAUAGUGAUGGCUAGUCUAAUUUGUCGGAGCAUCUCCAAAACGGCAAGUUUUGGAUGGUGUUCAAGGAAUGCAUUUUUUGCCUAACUAAUUGGUGCAAGGAAGGACAACUGGUGAAUGGUGUCGGGGUCACGGCUACCCAAUGUUCAUUGAUGCAUGUGAGGAGCAAAAGCGAACUCGUCUGGUCCAAACACACAGAGCUACUGUAGAUCAAAUUACUGACUCUUUUCCAACGCCUACGAUGGAAAUGUGUCAGAGCACACCGUGCAUAAUUUUGCUACAUAACCACAAACCAGUCAGUGUGCCAUUGACCCCUGUCCACCACCGAAAGCAAGAAUUUCUCAGGGAUAGUUUGAGGAAUAUGACCUAGUUCAGGGUGUUGACUUUGCCUUCAUAUCCCACAGGUAUCGAGCACCUGUGGGAUGUGCUGGAAAAACACCUCUGAUCCAUGGAGGCCCCACCUCAACUUGCAGGACUUAAAGGAUCUGCUGCUAAUGUCUUGGGGGCAGAUACCACAAGACACGUUCAAAGCUCUUGUGGAGUCCAUGCUUCAAUGCAUCAGAGCUGUCUUGGCAGAACAAGGGGGACAUAAAUGAUAUUCGACAGAUGGUUUUAAUGGUGUGACUGACUGUGAAUAUUUUUAUUCCAACUAGUCUUCAAUUUAUAUGCAGUAUAAUGCAUUCUGUGUAACAGUUCUGAUAUGCCUUUUUCAUUAACGAGUUAUUUUGUUUUAAAGGUAAUUCUUCCCCUACUUAAGAGUGAUCUAUAUGACUUGAUCCAGGCAAUCCUUGAUGGUGAACUGGUUAACACAAUGCCGGUUUGGCUAGAAGACCAUGCUGCUGUUACUGUAGUUAUGGCCAGUGGUGGCUACCCUGGCAACUAUGCCAAAGGCUUGGAGAUAACUGGUAUGUUAAGACUCUUGACCUCUUAUUAGGGAAGCUUAUGGUCUUGGUUUUGUAAUAUUUUUGUAUACUUUAAUGUUUUGAAGAGGAGGGAAAGACUUAGCUGCUUGUCCAGAAUAUAUUGACAUUACUUGUGACAAACUCUGAUCUUGUAAUCCUGUAUCUGCUGCACAUAUUCUUAACGUUCUGUAUUGUCUUGCAGACUUGUAAGGGGCUGUCUCUCAUUGACCACUAGAAACAAAGCAUGAAAACAGUUUUUAUUUAAGUUGUCAUUCUCACCAGGCUGAAUGUAUAACCUGUUUCCUCCAGGAUUUGAGAAGACAAAACACCUUUGUUUGGAAGUGUUUCAUGCAGGCACUGCUUUGAAGGAUGGGAAGGUGGUGACCAAUGGAGGCAGAGUUCUUACUGUAACUUCUAUAAAGAGAGGUCUUCUCGCUGCACUAUUGGAGGCCAACCAAGGUGUGUCUGCCUUGCAUUUCGAAGGCGCUGUGUAUCGUAAAGACAUUGGUUUCCGUGCAAUAUCCUAUCUCCAGAAAACCAGGUGUGUAUGAGAAGGCGGUCUUAUUGGGAUCCUUAUUAUUUGAGACAACUUUAUUUUAUUUAUUUUCCUUUGAAUUUUAAGCCUCUCUGUUCUAACUUCCUGGUGUUUCUGAUUUGGAUAAUACAUUCUCAUAUUGAACCACUAUCACUUGUUACUGCGCAACAUACUUUUUCCUUUCAUUUCUGUAUCCCACUCAAAUAAGUCCCUUUAUCCCAUCAGAACAAAUUGCUGUAAAAUGUGUGGUCAACUUUGUUUCCUUCCAAGAAAAGUUGCACAUGCCAACAUGGUUUUUGAUGGACUGCUUUGAAUUUGGUCUCAGUUGAAGUGUGUCUCUUCCUCCCUCCCCUUCCUCAAAUCUCCAACUUGUGUAUUUUUAAAGGCCUUGUAAUCUUUAUCUUGGAGUGUGAUGCUGUGUUCAAUUGACAUGUGAUCAAACUGUACAUUUGGCUAACGAGCAGAACUUUGUAUGAAGCCCUAGUUUGGGGGUUUUUUUUUUUUUAAAUAAAUGAGAGCUCUUCCCUACCUAUAUGACUGGAUCUUUCAGCCAUUUACAUACACCUUGGGUUAGACUGUGGCAGAGAAGACCAGACUAUUCAAACACUGUCUGACCCAAGGUGCUGAAUGACACUGGGUCUGACUUGAUCUGUUCCAAGGUAAGAAAGUAUGACAUGAAAUUAUCAGGAUUUAUUUUUUGGGAAAAGUUGUGACUUUACUUUCUGCCACACUGCAGGUCUCUAACAUACAAAGACAGCGGCGUUGACAUUGCGGCUGGGAACACCCUUGUGCAGAGAAUUAAACCACUUGCUACUGCCACAGCCAGAACUGGUAGUUAUUCUCUUGAGUUUGUUACAUACAUUGCAGAGUCCAACUCUCCUAGAUUAGAUUCUAAUUUGUAUCCCUGUUAGAACGUAAAUGAUUUUUUUACUGUUCGCAGUAUCUAUAUUUAUUUUUCUUAAAAGCAAACUUUCUCCUUCAGCAAUAACUAUGUGAAUUUUGCGCCUCCCAAUAUGUGGGCUGUAGUGGUUAUGGUGCUGAGAUUAUUAUUGCCACUUACAUAGUGCCAACAGAUUCUGUAGUGCUUUACAAUAUUAUGGGGGGUGGGGGGGGAUUUAACUAUAAAUGGGACAAUUACAAGAAAACGUACAAGAACAAUAGGUUGUAGAGGUUAGUUUGGGAGGCCAUAAGCUUUCCUAAAGAGAUGGGUUUUAAGGCACUUCGUAAACCGUUGAAGACUAGUGGAAAGUCUGAUGGCGGUAGGCAGGCUAUUCCAUAGGAAGGGAGCCGUGCAAGUUGGCCGUACGGGUGCAAGCAGCGGACAGAAGGGGCACACCUAUGGAUCUGUGAGGAGAUAUGAGGAGCCAAGACUAUUCAGUCACUUUGCAUUGACUCCUAUAGGAUACAGGAAGCCUAUAUAAGGACUGACAGAGGGGUGAGGUGUGAGAGGACUUGGUAGAGGAAAAUCAGUCUGGCGGCAGCGAUGGGUUUUUAAGGUGGAAUUGGCAUGAUUUGACAACAUACUGGAUGUGAGGCCAGAAUUAAAAGUAACACCAAGACAAUGUGCUUGUAAGGAUGGGUUGAUAUGGGUACAACCAAUCUGAAGGGAAAGCGAGAGGAGGAAAGACCAGUUCUGUUUUGGAAAGAUUCAGUUUUAGAAAGUGAGGACAUCCAGUCAGAUAGAAGAAAGGCAAGAGGUGACGUGUUGCAGAACAUCGGAGGAGAGAUAUAUCUGGGUGUCAUCAGUGUACAGGUGGGAGUGGAAUCCAAAUGAGGUAAUAAGUUUGCCAAGAGAGGCAAUAUAAAGAGAAAAUAGAAGGGUACUAAGGACAGAGCCUUGAGGGACUCCAACCGAGACAGGACGAAUGGGAGUCUCAUUAGAAAAGCAGACACUGAGUGUUGGAGAUAGCACCUUGAGAGGACAGUUAGAGACCAAGUGAUUGGAGAAGGUGAACGUGAUAAACUGUGUUAAAGGCAGCAGAGAGGUCAAGAAGAAUUAGUAUGGAGUAGUGACCUUUGGAUUUAGUUGUGAUCAUGUCGUUAGUGACUUUGAUAAGGGUAGUCUCAGAGUGGAGGGGGCGGAAGCCUGACUGAAGAGGGUCAAGGAGAGUUGGAGUUGAGGAAGCGGGCCAGACUGGUGAAGACUAGUCUUUCAAGAAGCUUUGAGGAAAAAGGGAGCAGGAAUAUAGGACGAGAGAUCUGAUAAGGAGAGACUGGACAUGGUUAAGUGGUGGGGCGAGAGGAAAGGCUAAGCACAGCCACCUCUUGUUCAGUAGCCUGGGAGAAGGUUGGAGAGGCAUGAUCUAGGUGAGGGUGAGAAAGUGGAAAAAAUGGCAAGGUGGUGAGAAUUCUUUCCUUAGCUGUUCAAUCUUGUCAGUAAAGUAGCAUGCAAAACUAUUGGCUGUAAGGUUAGUUUGGAGGGGGGGUGGCUGCAGCAGGGCAAAAUAAGAGUUAAAGGUAUCAAAGAGGCGCCUGGGAUUGCAUGAGCAAAUAAGAGAAGAAAAGUAUGACUGUUUGGCAAGUGCUGUGCUGUAUGAACGCAAUAUGAAUUUGUAGUGUAGAAAGUCUGACUCGGUGUGAGACUUUCUCCAGCAGCAUUCAGCAGAACGGGAACAUCUCUGCAGGUAGCAUGUUGAUUUAGUGUGCCAUGGUUGGGGGUGUAUUUGCAUUUGGAGAAGGGCUGAGGUGAGGGUAGAGUUAUAGGAGGAGAUGGCCAGUGAGGGGCAUGAGUAAGCAGGAAUGGAUUGUCCCAAUAAUUGCUAGUAUAGUACUUUUGAAAACCGCACGAAUAAACCUGGUAAUCCGAGACUUUUUUUAAAUCGUGUGUGACUUGUUCAAUUCUUACAGGCUGUAAUCCAGAGCUUGGCGGUUUCGCUGGCCUUUUUGACCUGAAAGCUGCUGGCUUUAUAGAUCCCCUCCUUGUAUCUGGGACAGACGGUGUUGGAACCAAACUGAAGGUAUCGGAGGUUUUGAAAAGUAGACUCUGCAUGGUUUAGAAAAACUUUGUAGAAGUAACAAUACUUCAAAUAUCCACGUUAUCAAAAUUUAGUGGCUGGCACAAACAUAACUGUAAUGCAUGUGAUUAGCCUUAGACUCAUCAACAUGAUUUUAUUCCUUUCCCCCCUCUCUGGCCAAAGUUAGCAUUCAGUUUAGUUUGAAUUUUUCUCAAACAAAUAUGAACGCUAAUUUUGGCCAGUAUUUCUAAGUGGCUGCUAAAGACUGGACAUACCCCGUUUGCAAUACCUUGGGUUGUCUAAUUUUGCAAAUGGUAUGCCAUCAUAGGGGUAAUUCUCAUUUUAUUGCAGUAUUAUGACAUUCACAGUUAAAAUGUCAUGCAGAACUAAACCAUUUCCUAAUUUCUCACUUUAUUUUAUUCAUACUAAAUUUGUUUCAUGGCUUAAUAUUUGAUGUUAAAUGAAAGCCCUAUUUCUCCUGGGUAAAAUGAAAUAUAUAUAUUUUCCCAUAAUGUGAAAGAGGUGAAUUACGCCUGAACAGACAUAAAGUCAAAUUCCAAGUUUUGUUUACGUUUUUAUUUUGAUCAAAACGUGUACAUUUGGCUCAGUCCUUAAGGGGUUAAAAAGAACAAGCAAACAGCAGGGCAUGCAAGUAUACAGCAGCAUGAAUGUAUAUAAAUUGAUCCAAUAAAGGUGAAUCGAGAAUAUUGACAAAACUGACAUUAAGAUGUGUUUUAUAUAAUGUUUUGGUAGUGUGAGACAGCCAGUCUACGUUAAGUCCUUCAUUUCUGGUGUUGAAACGUGUGAUAUCGUUCAUAAGUCUGAAAUUCCCUUUAAGAACUUUAAUUCUGAGGGUUUGGGUGAAGUGAUGCUCAACAGGGGUUCUUAAUUGUGUGUCUGUGUAGAUUCAUUCUGAGAUGCAGCUUAAGGCCAGUUUCUCCAAUGUAGCAACCUUUGUCUCACACACACUAUCAUGUGCACAAAUAUGAUCCCUUAAUGUUUGCUUUAUUGUGUCUGGCUGUGUAGUAAUUAUAGGAUACUCCUCACCCAUAAAGUGCUUCUGUAAGUGCUGUAUGGGUGUGAAGUGGUCACUUAUAAACUGCACUAACCUUGCCUAACCCUAAAAAAACACGAAUAUUAGCAGGUGGGUUUCCUAGUCAUGCCAGUGGUAUGUUGCUGCCAUCUACUGGUUGUUUUCAGUAUUACAGAAACCUUUAGUUUUUAAUAAUGAACCAAGCAUGCUUUACCAGACUAUUACACUGACUGGUGCUGGGCUUUGGCAGCUGCCCUGAACCAAUCACAAUCUGCUUAGACAUGCAGGGAAGCCUUGUCUGAAUCUGUUCACACCCUGGCAGUCUCCUGAAAUGAUCCUAUACGGUUAAGAAUACAGAAAUCUGCUUUGGUAAAGGUUAAAUACCCUUUUAUUUACUUGCAAAUUACCAGUGCCUGAAGGCAGGGACAUUGCUCUGCCUCCUUUGUCAUUCAAUGGGGGAGGGGUGGGGGGGGUAGGAAUCUAAUACACAGGCUUGGCGAGCACGUUCUUUCCUACCAUAGUAAAGCAUUGAACGAGUGCUUUCCUAUGGAGACUUUUGACACUGGAUGUCUUCUUGCAGAGCAUUAGUGUGCUUGUACAGUCCUCCAGAACAUGCCCACAUACACGUCCUAUCUGUACUUUAAAUGUCAUGCAGGCACAUAACACAAACACUCUUUAUUUCUAGGUUGCCCAAUCAUGUAAUAAACAUGAUACCAUCGGCCAGGACUUAGUAGCAAUGUGCGUCAAUGACAUCUUGGCACAGGGUGCAGAGCCACUGUUUUUCCUGGAUUAUUUUGCGUGUGGGAAACUUGACGUGGGAGUGGCAGAAUCUGUGGUGUCUGGAAUUGCCAAAGCCUGUAAAAUGGCUGGCUGUGCUCUUCUGGGUAAUAUGUGCUUUUUAUAUAGGUAUCGUUAUAACCAUUGGUGUAGAAUGUUUAGUUUCAUUCCCAACACUAUACUUUUCUCCCCUCCCCAUCCACGUCCCAAUCGCUUGGUUAAGCUGUGUGGUUGUCUUGGUGUGUGGGUUUUAUUUAUUUUUAUGAUUUACUAAUGUAUUUUUGAUGCCUGGUUAAUACAUUCUAACAGGAGGUGAGACUGCCGAGAUGCCUGGCAUGUAUGCCAAAGACGAGUAUGAUCUGGCAGGCUUUGCUGUGGGUGCCGUGGAGAGGGUGUUUGUGCUGCCACGGAUGGAAAGGAUACGAGAGAGAGACGUGGUUAUUGGAAUCGCUUCUUCAGGACUUCACAGUAAUGGUUUCAGUCUUGUGAGGAAGAUUCUCGACAAGUUAUCCCUAAAUUUCUCUUCUCCAGCUCCUCCAUGCUGUGGGAAGCAGACCUUUGGUGAGCGUACAAGUGCAUAACUUGAGUUUGUUUGCUGCUCUCUUUAGUGUUUAGCUUUGUACUGUGAGAUCUACAAGAGGCAGAGUAUCAAAUCAGAAAGAAAGGCUUAAAUAACCAGUUUGGGGCUCAAACUGUAGCUCUUAGUGAAUGACUUAAACCACUGAGGGUUUUUAAAACCACGUUAAAUGAAAAGCAUGUAAAACUGUGUCAAACUGAAAGGAUAACCCAUUUUGUUUUGACAGGAGAGCUUUUGUUGACACCGACCAAAAUCUAUGCCCAGAGCCUGCUUCCUAUCCUCCGAUCGGGGGAAAUUAAGGCCUACGCUCACAUCACCGGAGGUGGACUGGUGGAGAACAUCCCAAGGGUUCUACCUCCAUCCUUGGGAGUCAUUUUGAGUAAGAAACAUUUCUGUGUUAACUCUAAAUUAUGGGGACUAUGGCUCUUGGCACAAAACAGAUUGUAAAAUGAAACUGUUUUGUGGGAUAAUACAAUGAGUACUAAUCGCACAGGUACCCAACCUUAGGGUUCCUUUUUGGAAGCCAUAAUGCUUAGGGAUGCUUUAUAAUUUAAUUUAUUUUUUGUGUGAAUUGUUUCUUCCAGAUGCUCUGUGCUGGAAAAUACCGCCCAUAUUCUCCUGGCUUCAGAAACAUGGAAAUCUUACAAUGGAGGAGAUGGUCCGUACUUUUAACUGUGGGAUUGGCGCCAUAUUGAUCUUGGAAAACGACAUCUGUGACAUGGUACUUGACGAGGUGUAUAAAAGCGAGGAAGCCUGGCUUAUUGGAACAGUGACCACGCGUGACAAAGGUCUGAUGGCACAAAUUGUAUCUUUGAUCUGUGUUGUGAAUGGUUAAUAUAAUGGAAGCUACACUUUUAUUUUUUUUUUUAAACCUUCUUUACGUGUGAACUGUCCUGUGUUUCAAUCUGGAGCCAUACUGUGUCACUCAGGACAGACCCUUGAGUCUGAGAUGCCAAAAAAUAUUUGUGGGUUAUUGGUGUGGGCUAUGCAGUAAUGAGGGGUUAUUCACUAAAACUAGCUACUGUGGAGCAUACACUGCUCACUUAGAUUUAGACUGAUGGAUGAACUAGGGAAGAUGUUGAGAGCGGGAAUAAAAAUUCAGUUUUGACUAUUGCAUUGCCUGUAAAUAUGCUGUGAGUAUGUCUCUGACCUCAAGGAGGUGGGUAAAGCUUCAGGAAAUUGAAUAACUCGGAUUUCGUGUCCCACCCCAGUCUCUAGCCCUGUUGAAGUAAAGAAUUUUAUGGAAGCUCUACACAGGACAGAUCCUGAGCCACAGCCCCUCCUCAUGGAGUUGAAAUACAUAAUUGAGGACACCCUGACGCGUGGAAGAGUACCCGUGGCUGUACUAAUCUCCGGCUCAGGUAAGCAAAAUCCUAUAUGUGAAAACAAGCGGUUUGCAAAGAAUUUAUGGUUUAUAUAGAAGGAUAUUUAAAUAAACAAAAAGCUAAAGGAAAGCUUAAAUCUACUUCCAAGUGAUGUAGCAGUCACUGGAAUCCAUUUAAAGCUACGUAAAAACCCACAUGUUUUAAAACUCUGCCGAUGGAAACCUGAAAAGUAAACGGUCUGUGCUUAUUUACAUAAGUUCAUCUUUAAAACUGUAUGGUGCUUGGCAAAAUAUUUAAAAUUUGAUGCAUGAAUAAAAAUAAAACCAUUUAUUAUGAACGACGUAAAAAUGCUGCAAACAGAAAAUAUGAAAACUGGAAAAAACACUCAAGCUUGCUGAUAACAUAAAAACGAAUAUCAAGGAAACCACAAAAUGGGACCAUGGUAGCAUAACACUAUGUCACACCUAAAAUGAGACUCCAAAGUAAAGCAAAAUAAAAAUUAUCAAUUAAUUAAAAGCCCGUAAUGGCAAAACCUGGUCCAGUCAAAGUUCCUGAGGUACUUGUCCUGAUAGGAAAACUUAGAAUGUGACGGCAGAUAAGAACUAGUCUGCCCAAUAGUGUGAAAUACUUUCAUUAGUCCCUAGCCUUAUCUUAUAGUUAGGAUAGCCUUAUGCCUAUCCCACGCAUGCUUAAACUCCUUUACUGUGUUAACCUCUACCACUUCAGCUUGAAGGCUAUUCCAUGCAUCCACUACCCUCUCAGUAAAGUAAUACUUCCUGAUAUUAUUUUUAAACCUUUUGUCUCUCUAAUUUAAGACUAUGUCCUCUUGUUGUAGUUUUUCUUCUUUUAAAUAUAGUCUCCUCCUUUACUGUGUUGAUACCCUUUAUGUAUUUAAAUGUUUCUAUCAUAUCCCCCCGUCUCGUCUUUCCUCCAUACUAUACAUGUUAAGAUCCUUUAACCUUUCCUGGAAAUUUUUUUUUUUUUUAUUUUUUUUAAAUUUAUUUAUUUUAACCUGCAAUCCAUGAACUAGUUUAGUAGCCGCUCUCUAAGUAUUACCAUGCUGAAGGUAAGACAUUGGCCAAAGCAAGUAGUUCACACACAAACCUUUAAUUCCUAAAGUUCAAGUGUAGCUCUAGAAUGAAGUCCAUAGCUGCUGCUUUAAUUUUGGUAGAGAAUAAAUCCUCACAUUUUGGUAAUCUGGUGCUAAAACAGCAUGCCUUAAAAAAUAAAAAUAAAAAAAUUUAUACGAAAAAUUGGAAGUGAUGUGAAAUCAGUAUAUUUGCUUUAGUGGGCAUGUUUCUAACACCUCUGCAUUAUCACAUACUUAUAGGAACACAAUACUGUCAACUCUCCUUAUUUGCAGCACCAUGCAGGUCCACCAGUGCUGGCUCUUCUCUGACCUGCCUCCUUGGCUGACAUCAAAAUUGAUGAUCUCAGUCAAUCAUGCUGUCCCAUAGGGAAGGCAUUGGAUUGGCUGAGAUCAAUACUUAUAUCUGCCAAGGAGAGGGUGGAGACAAAUGCCACCCUGGCCAAUCGGCAUCUCUUCAUAGAUGCAUUGAAUCCAUGCAUUCUGAGGAAAGUUUGGUAUCUCCAUGCCUAGCGUGGAGAUGCUGCACACAGUGCAGCACUGCCCCUGGAAGCACCUCUAGUAGGUGUAAUUUUGCUUUAAUGUAAACACUGCCUUUACCAAAAAAAACACCUGCAGGGCCUGGCUAUUCACCAGAACAAAAAGGGUCUAUGUCCAGGUGAGAUCCACCUCCAUUCUUAUUUAUUCCUUCAUGGAUUUAUAAAAUGCAUAAUUUAACCCUGCAUUAUUGGUGUAUAAAAAAAUUUUUUUUCAGGAACAAAUCUUGAGGCUUUAAUAAGGACCUCAGUGGGCCCCAGUAGUUCUGCAUUCAUUGCGUUAGUGAUCUCUAACAAAGCUGGUGUGGAGGGACUGAACAGGGCACAAAAUGCAAGAAUUCCUACAUUGGUAAGUGACUAGGUGGCUUAGGCUUGUAUCAUAUCCAUCUGUACAGUUACAAUGUGUAUUGUUAACUCAUGCCUUGCCAUGUUUUAGGUUAUUGAUCACAAGCAGUAUAGCAGCCGUGAGGACUUUGACUCCGCCAUUGAUAAAGCCCUCCGUGGGAACCGAAUUGAGCUGAUCUGCCUUGCUGGUUUCAUGAGGAUUUUAUCUGGAAUGUUUGUCAACAAGUGGCGUGGUAAAUCUUGUAUAGACUCAUGCUCACACGUUCUCUGCUAAUGUAAAAAUGUGAUUGUAAAGCUCUCCUUUCCUUACAGGGAAAAUCCUGAAUGUCCAUCCGUCCUUGUUACCAUCUUUUAGGGGGGCGAACGCACACAAGGAGGUGCUGGCAGCCGGUGUGAGGGUUACUGGUUGUACCGUGCACUUUGUAGUGGUGAGUACAUGUGUUUCUGGGUCACCUCUUCAUUUGUAGUCCAUAAAUAGAAUUUAUCUUAAAUGACUGCGUGUCAAAAACGGGUCUGUCUGCUGGCUAAUACUUUGUUGGAAACUAGGAAGUGUUUACUUCAGUCUUUAAUAUUGGGUUUUAAACUCUCCUGGCACUAGUUGUGGUGUGCUGUGAGUGAACAGCUUUUCAAAUUCAAAAACACAAACCCCUCCAAACAUACAGAUUGUUCAACAUGAUUGCGAGAGAUGUGAGACUUCGUUACUGGUUUGUGAAACUUUAUUUUAAUUCCCCAUUGCAUGUUUAAGUAGUUUCUAUAAUGCAUAAACUGGGUCAUUACAUAAAGACACAACGUGUCCCCCUCCAGGGGAAAGAAAAGUGCUGGGUCCCCUCCUAACCUUUGGCGAGGUGCAGUACAGCCCAUUGGAAGAUUCUGCUACUUUGUUUUUUUUUGUGUACUUGUGCAGGAAGAGGUAGAUGCUGGAGCGAUUAUAUGCCAGGAAGCUGUUCCUGUGGAGUUGGAUGAUUCUGUGGAGACACUGUCUGAAAGGGUUAAAAAGGCAGAACACCGAGCGUACCCCCGGGCUCUGCAGAUGGUGACCAGUGGGGAGGCAUCACUCGGAGAAGAUGGAAAAAUAAAGUGGAAUAUAAAAAAGAACAGUAAGUUGAUUGAAUAUUAAAGUAGUUUUGGUUGAACACUAAAGUCACUUUUGUUUUCGUUUUGUGUCAACAACAAAGGGUUUAAUGUGUACCCACUCUGUCCUUAACACUUAUGCAAGCUCUGUGUGCUCUUCCUCACUGCACACUGACUUCUAUAGCCAUCAUAGCUUCUCUAUACACAAUCUGAAGUAUUAUAAAACACAUUAGACCCUGCCACCCACAAUUAGGUUAUUGCUAAUUAAUACCAACUUCCUAAAAUGGCAGUGUGUGUGACAAUCUACAAGCCCAUUGUAGGGCAGGGAGUGUAGGGGGACCUCUCAUUAUAUGGGUUUCCAUAAAGUUACCAACUUUACUCCAUUUCUAAAAUUUGGCUGUUUAGUGACGAUGGGCAAACUGCUUUAAAGUAAAUUUAGGGUGUUGUACAUUUUGGGUCAGUGACUAUUAAGUUUGUUAUAAAUUUAUUGAGGUUUUAUUUUUAUUGCAGAAUGCUGAUUUGCUGUUUCAACCUGUUGCUUUGACCUUCUUUGACUGACUUGAAGAUUACGGCACUUUCAAUGACAUCACCUCAAAGACUUCAUGAUUGAGAGAGAAAUCAAGAUUGCUUUUUAUAAAUUGACAUCUGUUUAUUACAGUACAAAACAAGAUAUUCACAACUUGCUCAAUGCCUUCUUAGUUCCAACACUGAUUUAAGGCUUCCUAUUCUCAUUCUGUUGUAUUUUAUUACAUUCCUGAUAAAGGGUCUAAUUUGAAAUAAUUCCAUAUUGCCACUCUCUAGGUUACCAUUGUUUAGUUAAUAUCCAGAGGAAGAAACCAAUCUGAAAAUCGCUGGAAACUGAUAUCACACAUCCAGUCUAACAGAGAAAUAGUUACUGUGGGUUAACAUUUAGCCCCCUUUAGUAUCUAAAGUGAUGUUGGCUUUCAUAAAGCUUAGUUUGUUUCCCUGUUCAAUCGUUCCAGAUGCCUUUGACCUGAUGUCUUGUUCCAUCUAAGUAUCCAGUGACCAUGGCUUGUGUCGAGUAAUAAACUUAUCCCUGCCUCUGUUACUGCUGUUUUGGUCUUCUUUAUACUUUUUUUUUUUUUUUAGUAUGUGAAUAUAACUGUACAAUCACUGUAGUUUGAGGUACAAAAGUGAGACACACCUGAAAUACAUUUUAAGGUCAGAUAUGUUGUAAUUAAUAAUAUGGGAGCAGUGGGGUUUUUAAAGUUAAAAUUUUUAUAUAUACAUACACAUCCGGCAGUUAAGAGUAACAUGCUUUUAAAAGCUAGUUUAUGUAAAAACAAAGAACUGAAAAUAGUAUAAACCCCAAUAAUACUCCAUUCUAAAGAAAUUUCACUGCAUUGGCCCAAUUGUCUGGCUUCGUCAAACCCUACAUUUAGUGCAAAAUGAGAUUGGAACAGGGAAUGGCUCAAAUCAGUCCUCUUGGACCUGUCUGUAUGACUCUAGGUAGGUGUGGAC